GGAAGUGGGUGUCGUCCUAUUAGGGAGUUGUCUGAAUAGAUCCGAGUAGCAGGACCGGGACAGACCGGAGCAGAGAGGAACAUCAAAGGUUCACCGAGCCGCCGUCUGCCCGCGACUUUUAUUCAACGUUACCGAUAAAAAACUUUAUUCAGGUUAAACCCCGGAAGUUAGCUCAGUUAGCUGUUAACGGCUAGUUAGCCUACCUGCUCAAAAGGGAAGUGACGGUGCAGGUGAAGUCGGGCUCGAGCCGCAGGUUUGCUUUCAUCUCUGUACUCAGACAGCAGAAGAAGAUGAGUGGAGGACUGAACAGCAUCGAUGCUGUGAAGAAGAAGAUCAAAGUCCUGCAGGAGCAGGUGGAGGAUGCGGAGGAGAGGGCGGAGAAACUGCAGUUGGAGGUGGAGAAGGAGAAGAGGAGCAGAGAGGAGGCGGAGGCGGAGGUGACGGCUCUGGGUCGUCGUCUGCAGCUCAGCGAGGAGAACGUGGACCGAGCCCAGGAGCGCCUGACCACCGCCCUGCACAAACUGGACGAGGUGGAGAAGUCUGCAGACGAGAGCGAAAGGGGGAUGAAGGUGAUAGAGAACAGGGCUCUGAAGGAUGAGGAGAAGAUGGAGCAACUUGAGGUUCACCUGAGAGAAGCCAAACUGAUCGCAGAGGAGGCGGACCGCAAGUAUGAGGAGGUGGCUCGUAAACUGGCGAUGUUGGAGGUAGAUCUGGAACGAGCUGAAAAGAGAGCUGAGAACGCAGAGAGCAAGAGUCGAGCGGUGGAGGAGGAGCUGAAAAUUGUCUUCACUAGUUCAAAGUCAAUGGAGGCCCAGGCAGAGAAGUAUUCGUUGGCGGAGGACAAAUACGAAGAGGAGAUCAAACAUCUGAGACGCGGUCUGGAGGAGGUGAGAUCAUACUUUUAUUUAUGUUACUCUAACAUCACUUCCUGUUUGUCACCUGUGAACUUCCUGUUCCAGGCGGAGUCCAGAGCAGAGAAUGCGGAGCGUAACAUGGCUAGACUGGAGAAAAAAAGAGACAUCCUGGAAGACGCUUUGGCUUCAGCCAAAAAAGCCAACGUGGAGCUGCAGACGACUUUGACUCAGACCAUGGAGGACCUAAGCUCCUGCUGAACCUCACCCCCCCCGCAUCCUGACUGCAGUCAGAGACUUUGUGGCCAAAACAUUCCUCCCCUUGCUCCAGUUGACCCCCCCCAACAUUACUGCUUCUUUAUUUCCUCUUUCUUAAUGAUUCCUGCUCCUCUGGAUUUGGAGUGUUUGAUUAACCCCUCCCCCCUCUCCUCACCCACUAAUAGUGCCAUCCCCCUCCUCAGUAUUAGAUGGAGGAGGUGUGAGGAGGAGGUGCAGGAUGUUUAACAGCGACUUACAGCCAUUCCCUCGUUCAUUAACGACUAACAAUGAGUGUUUGAACGGUUUGUCUCCUAGCCAAUCGUUUAUUAUUCCUGUUGCAGGGGGUGUGGUUUAUAGUGGCCAAUCAUAGCAAGGCAUUCCACUGCCACACAUGGCAGACCACAGGCCAAUCACAGCCCAGAUACACCCCCCCCCCCCCCAUUAAUUAGCAUCUAAUGACUUUUGACAUGAUGCCAUGAACAAAUGAAUUUAACAAAGUUUUUAUUCUAAAGCCACACAGUGAUGAUGUCAUCACUGUGAUGUCAUCACUGUGAUGAUGUCAUAGCAUAUUGUAAUAAAUCUUGAGACAGAGCAGAUUUUAUAAAAUAAAAGCACCAUCACUGGUUUGUAGAUCCA